AUAAAUCCUGUAAAAAUGUAUAACCUACCACGUCUUAACCCCUUACAUACCACAAAAUUUUCCAUGAAUCAUUAUUCAGACAGAUUUGGACCCUUAAUGUUCACAAUUUGCUCUACCUACGUCUUGUGGUGAAAUUAUUUCUGUGCUAGUUAAUUUGCACAAGUGCAUGUUACGGAAUUAAAAUUGCGAUAAAUUAAUUUAUUUUCUGACCAGUGAAAUUUUAUAGAUUUAAUUGAACCUUAAAAUUCGAUUAAAUCAUUGAACAAUGAAUCCAUACAAAAUAAUAGCAGAGCAGGAGAAAAGUAUUAAAAAACUUAAUAAAGUCAUUCUUAGGCAAAAUGUGCAAAAUAUUUUUAAAGAUACUAUUUCCAAUUUCAUUGUCAGACUACGUGAUAACAACGAGGCUAUCAAUCGUGUUACGGACGAAAUUUUGUCAACCCUCGACUCCACCGUGGAACAAGAUGGUGCCCUCGUGAUGCAAAAAGUUGUACGGAGUGCGAAAAAAUUUUGUUGCGAAACGGCCGUUCCUUUCUGCCUCCAAGACAACGAGGAUGAGGUUACACCUGUUCAGCAAGAAAAUGAUGAUGUAGAUCACCAUAAUUAUGACUCAGAUCAAACUCUGCCAAUACGAUGCAAAUCUGGUACAAACCACAAGCAACAGGAGGGAAUUGGGGCAUCACAAACAAAAGUUAUUUCCGAUCAAUCGAUCAUCCACUCGAUUCUGGCCUUUCUUCCAACCUUCCAACUCCUGACCUCAUCUCGUGCACCAGAGUAAACUCCCAGUGGGAGAAUACCGCUCGAAAACAUCUCCUCGCUCGUACAACCGUCUCACUGGACAUCGACACCUUAAAAUCCUACCUUGCCACGAUGCAUACCCGAUCCCAGUCCCACUCCCGGGUGAAAAUCACACUUGCCAAAGAUCCCACCAAAAUAUUACGAGGUGUCAAACAUCUCUCUCAAUUUGAAGAAUUCGCAACCCAAAACUCGUCUCAUGUCAGGCACCUCUCGAUCGACUGGUGGCUAAACGGGGGACAAUCCGUGUCCCGCAAAUUUUUCGCAAUUCUCAAAAACCUCAAGAAACUCACAUCCCUCGAACUCCGACCGUUCAUUCAGCUCAAUGGGAAACAGUUGGAAUUUUCCGGUGGCGAAAUUGAUGGCGCCAUCCCGUCCAAUUUUUACUUUUCAAAAAUCAAAAAAUUAGUCAUUAUAGGCGCCAAGUUUGGCACGAGUGAUGAAACCCUGUUAAAGAAAUUUAUUCCGAAAAUCCUCCCCCAUUUCCCCAACGUGGGCAGCAUCUCGCUAAAAAAUGUGAGACUACGGGCCCGCGAUUCGGAGUGGAUUUGCGAAACAGCAAAUUUUUUUAACACCCUGCAUUUCGCGGAUGGCUAUUCACUCGAGCAAUUUGCGAAAUCUGUUCCCCCAACGGAGAUUAAGAUUCGACCAAGUAUUACACGGUUGGGGUUGAAUUAUUACGAAAUUUCAAGCCACGGGGUAGAAUUGGUGAAAAGAUUGGCACAAAAUUUGGAACAUUUGCACCUCCACGGGAUCAAAGUUGCCCGAGUGGGGAGCAUUAGGAGAAUCUGUUUGCCAAAUUUGGCGAAAUUAAAACUAUUAAAGAUUUCGAUAAACCCGUACUGCAAAAAUGCGCACGGAGUAACACCAGGUAUCGGGUUCAUAUCAUCUCCAUCUGGCGGGAAAAGUAGCACCGUUGUAGGAAUUGAUUACAAGAAUCAGUUACCUGUCAUAGAAAAAUUAGCGAUUGUGCGAGAUCUUGAGUGUGAAGAGGGUAAAGAUGAAAUUAUGUUGAACGAUGGCAUUUUCUUUGACGCAGUCGCACAAAUGAUGAAUGAAGGUAUUUUUGUGAGAAAAAGUAUUUCACCGUGUAAGACGCUGAGAUGGCUCGAGAUUCCGGGUCCGAUAGAAGGGCAGAAGGUUAAAAGGAAUUUGAGCGAGGAGUGCGAUUGUGGGGAUGAUUUUGAAGGAAUAUGUGACUGUGAGGAGGGAGAAGAUGUGGCAAAGUUUUUUGACAGGGUGAGAAAAAGUUUUCCCAUGGUGCAGUUUUAGACGAUGGUGAGAGCAGUGUUGUAUAUUUCUAAUCUGAAAAACUUUUUCCCGCCGGGAAAAAUUUCUGCUACCUAUGGUAUGGACAUUAAAAAGACAAUUUUUGAUUAGUUUGUAAAUUUUGAAGGUCCAAAUCUCCCCCAUUUCUAGUCCGAUUUUCUAAACUUAAAAUUUUUUGAAAGCCAUUUAUUUGACCCGUGGUGUAAAUGAGGGGGAAUGAAAUGUGGGAGAUUAAAAAUGGGGAAUGAACUGGUCGGACACAGGGUGAGAGAGCGGAGAGAUUUUGCAAGUUUUUAGAUAUUUAAAUAUUAUUCGUGUUACGCAAGUACUAAUUAUUAUUCACAAGAGUUAUUUACUUAUAUUGAGAAAGUGAUUUAAGUUACAAUUUUGCAUAUUAUUUUUAAUCUGCUAGUGAAUUUCGCAAGAAUCUGGAAUUAAUUUAAAUAAAGUAGAAUAAAUUUGUAGGAUCAUUUGUUUUUCAAAUUAAUAAAAUUUAUACAUAAUCGAUUGGGUUUAAAUUGUGAACAUGAUGAUUGUAUCAUAUUUUGUAUUUUAGCUUAAAGUUUCAAGUAGGCGAGCAACA